AUGUCUAGCAUCACACCAUCUGCCUUGAGACAGGCAUCUCGAGCCUAUGCUCGCCGGCUGUCUUCGACACAGCAUAGCUCCCUGGCUUCCGCGCCCUUCCCCAGACGAGUGCUCGCCACUUCCGGUGCUGCUACUUCGAGGCGGGCUUAUGUCACUGAGACCAAAGCUGGAAAUGCCCAGGUCACGAUGGAUACAGCUAUCAAGCAGGAGCAGAAGAACUUCGUUAAGCAGACGGGCCUCCAGCCUGGAAAGGUGGAACUUCCCGCCUCCAGCAUAUCCGGAGAUGCUUCACUGAGUCCAUCCGCGGGCAUCCUGAAGCAAGCGACCGUUAUGGACCAAGGAACUCGGCCGAUCUACUUGGAUAUGCAAGCGACUACGCCGCUCGAUCCUCGUGUCCUCGACGCAAUGCUCCCUUAUCUCACCGGCAUCUACGGCAACCCCCAUUCGAGAACUCACGCGUACGGCUGGGAGUCUGAGAAGGCCGUCGAGCAAGCUAGAGAGAACAUCGCUAAGCUGAUUGGAGCCGACCCCAAAGAGAUCAUCUUCACAAGUGGCGCCACCGAAAGCAACAACAUGAGCAUCAAAGGUGUAGCCAGAUUCUUUGGCCGCUCUGGCAAGAAGAAGCAUAUCAUCACAACCCAGACCGAGCACAAGUGUGUCUUGGAUAGCUGCCGUCAUCUGCAGGAUGAAGGAUUUGAGGUUACAUAUCUCCCCGUCCAGAGCAAUGGUUUGAUUCGGAUGGAAGAUCUCGAAGCGGCCAUUCGUCCCGAUACCGCUUUGGUCAGCAUCAUGGCUGUCAACAACGAGAUCGGUGUUAUCCAACCAAUGGAGGAGAUUGGAAAGCUGUGCCGCUCGAAGAAGGUCUUCUUCCAUACCGACGCGGCCCAGGCAGUGGGCAAGAUUCCGUUGGAUGUCAACAAGCUGAACAUCGACCUGAUGUCCAUUUCUAGCCAUAAGCUCUAUGGCCCCAAGGGUAUUGGUGCUUGCUAUGUGCGCCGCAGGCCUAGAGUUCGUCUUGAGCCCAUCAUCUCCGGUGGUGGACAGGAGAGAGGAUUGCGCAGCGGCACCCUCGCUCCUCACCUGGUUGUUGGAUUCGGUGAGGCUUGCCGCAUCGCCUCUCAAGAUAUGGAUUAUGAUCGAAAGCACGUUGAACGGUUGUCGAAGCGCCUGCUGGACGGGCUUCUGGCGAUGGAACACACCACCCUCAAUGGAGACGCUGAGCGCCACUAUCCCGGCUGCGUCAAUGUUUCCUUUGCGUACAUCGAAGGCGAGUCUCUUCUGAUGGCUCUCAAGGAUAUUGCCUUGUCUUCUGGUAGCGCCUGUACCUCCGCCUCUCUGGAACCCAGCUAUGUCCUUCGUGCGCUGGGCAGCAGUGAUGAAAGUGCUCACAGCAGUAUCAGAUUUGGUAUUGGACGAUUCACGACCGAGAGCGAGAUUGAUUAUGUCCUUAAGGCUGUAACGGAUCGUGUCCAGUUCCUGCGGGAGCUGAGUCCCUUGUGGGAGUUGGUCCAGGAGGGCAUUGAUCUGAACACCAUCGAAUGGAGUCAGCAUUAA